AUGGUGUUUGAUAGCAUGUUCCAGCACGAUGGGCACUGGGAGGACCAUCCCACUUUCACUGGAACGGAUGCUGUGCCAAUCAGACAUCGCUGGCAUGGGAACCAUGGGAACCAGCUGCAUCAGGGUGCUGUGGCGCACUCCGCGCACAUACCCGAGAUGCCAAUGAGGCCUCGACGAAUUCGAAGCGAGGGGCCUUGGUUCCUUGCGCCAAGAAGCACUCCUGAAGCUGCCUUGGUGAAACUCAGGGAGCCUUUGCAGCCAGACCAGGCGAUGCAGGAGCCAAUGCUUGAACACCAAAGUCAGGAGGUACAGGCACACCAUCGGCCAAUAGGGGCAGAUGUCCAUCAUCAGGUUCAAGGCUUGGGUCAACCAGGAGAUGCCAGAGUGCGCUUUAGGUGCUGUGCCAAAGAGCCUUCGGUCAGCACUGCCCUGUUUGGAGAGCACACUAUCGCCUACUCCAAUUUGAACGGUCAAGAGCAGAUUCAAGAGACCAGGGUCACAUGCUCUGGCGAUGAUUGUGAGACGAUGUCGAACAAUGUGAUGCCACAGAUUAUUCGUGUGAGACCUUCUGGAAAUAAAGAAGCGAAGCACCGUAUGUGUUCAGGCUCGCCAACCCUCAUGUGGGACAGCAUGGAUCAUAUGGCGCAUCGAGUUGCAAACUCGGCCAGAUGGCUACUGGGCUACGCACCAGAGCCAGGAAACCAAGGAAACCAACAAGAGGAAGCAAGCGGACAGCUUAGCGGACAGCCUUUAAGAAGUGAAGGCGUCAUGAAAGUUUACAGCUACUUCAACAACAAUGGCCACGAAGAGAUGAAACAGGUGGAGUCUCACUGCAAGGAUGGCGCCUGUGUGCAGAGGAGCCGCACCUUCGCUCCAAAUCCCUCUGUGCCGAAGGAACCAAAGGAUGCGCACGAUGUUCGACAUGCGAUGUCAGCUUAUGAGGCUUAG